AUGGGCUCGCGCUGUGAGUUUCUGUUGUUGUUGUUCUGCGCGUGGAGCGGAUCCGGCGCGAACCUACGCGCGGAAAACAAGCGCAGCGCGAAACACCUGAGCGGGGCGCACCUGAGCGGGGCGCACGUGCGCGCUCCCGACACGCUGACGGAACACAUGCACACGCUUUACGCCAAGUACGCGCGCGCGGGAUACGCGUUUAAAGACGGAAACACCGUGCGCAGCUUCAAAGCGAACUGGGGUUCUCUUGGGGGUCGACAGGUGCUGACCUUUGACCUGACGUCUCUGACCCUGUCGGAGGCGGUGCUCUCGGCGACACUGCACUUCUACACCGGGCACCUGCCGCACACCAGGCGACAGGUGCCCCUGCACGUGUGGAGCUUUGAGUCGGACCACGUGCACGCUCCGGGUCACGCGCACGCUCCGGGUCACGCGCACGCUCCGGGUCACGCGCACGCUCCGGGUCACGCGCACGCUCCGGGUCACGCGCGCUUCGAGGUGUGGGCGGGGCGUGAGGGGGCGUGGCAGUGGCGGGACAUCACCUCGGUGGUAAACCGGGCAAAGGGGCGUGGCCAGCUGCUACUGGGGGUGGAGCUCGGCUCUCGCAGACAGGCGCCGCACCCGCCCUACGUCCUGGUGUACGCCAACGACUCCGCCAUCGCCGAACCCGACAGUCUGCAGCGCCACCACCUGCCGGCGCCUGACGCCUCAACGCCCCCUCAAAACGCCACCGAAGCCCCACCCCCUCGCCGACGUCGCUCCGUCAACCUCCUGUCACCUCUGCACAACAACGAGCUGCCCGAGGGGGACUACCCCCGGCAGGACCGCCCCUGGCAGGAGCACCACCGGCAGGAGCACCCCCGGCAGGAGCCGGCGGGACCGAAGCACAAACGGCAGAAGUGGGCGGCGCCCGUGACCAAGCCGCCGCGCCGGGCAAAAAACAAAAAGAGUGCGGUGGGCGGCAGCCAGAAGGGGGCGCUGCUGCAGUUUGACGAGCGCACACUGAAGAAGGCCAGGAGGAAGUGGGCGGAGCCUCGGAGCUGCGCCCGCCGACACCUGAAGGUCGACUUCGCCGACAUCGGCUGGAACGACUGGAUCAUCUCCCCGAAGUCGUACGACGCCUUUUACUGCAGCGGCACCUGCCACUUCCCCAUGGCCAAGACGCUGAAGCCGUCGAAUCACGCCACCAUCCAGAGCAUCGUGCGGGCGGUGGGCGUGGUCCCCGGCGUCCCUGAGCCCUGCUGCGUCCCCGAGAAGAUGUCCCCCCUCAGCAUCCUGUUCUUCGACGAGCAGGCCAACGUGGUCCUCAAGGUCUACCCCAACAUGAGCGUGGAGACUUGUGCCUGCAGAUGA